UUCUGAUGAAGCGGCUGUGCUUCGACCAAGUGCUUUUAAAACUCUCCUCACACGGAUAACAGAAGAUAAACAUAAAACAGGGUUGACAGAGGAUGUCCAGAGCUGAUUGGGGUUUUCUGGAGCACCUGCUAGAGGAAGGUCAGGAGUACUCAACAGGCGUGGGGCGUGUGUGGCUGACCGUGCUCUUCCUCUUCCGCAUACUUGUUCUUGGCACGGCGGUGGAAUCUGCAUGGGACGACGAACAGUCUGACUUUGUCUGCAACACCAAACAGCCUGGCUGUGAGUCCGUCUGCUAUGACAAGGCCUUCCCCAUCUCCCACUUCCGGUACUUUGUUAUGCAAGUCAUCUUCGUCUCAACACCGACCAUUUUCUACUUUGGCUACGUGGCCUUGAGGACCAGAAACGAGAAUAGGCAAGAGGCGAAGACGGAGGAGGAGGAGGGCAGAAGACAAAGACAUAGAAAAAACAAUGACUGCAAAUUGGAGGUAAUAAAGGAGGAAGAUGAAGAGGGCGAGGAGAAACAAACGCAUAAGAAGCGCAAAGCUCCAGAACCUCUUAAGCUCAAAGGAAAACUGCUGUGCGCUUACGCAACUAGCAUAGUGCUGAAGGUUCUCAUUGAAGCUAGCUUCAUUGUUGGUCUAUGGUUCUUUUAUGGGUUUGUCAUCCAGGCCAAGUAUGAGUGCGAGAGGUCGCCCUGUCCUCACACGGUGGACUGCUUUGUCUCACGGCCCACGGAAAAAACGAUCUUUACCAUAUACACCCAGGUUAUCGCCGUAGUCUCUGUUCUCCUCAACGUUGUGGAGCUUUUCCAUCUCCUUCAACUAGCAGUAACACAUCGACUGAAGAAGAAAUAUCAGGCAGAGGAUGAGAUGAAUAAACUGAUUAGGGUGACUUCUUCUAGAACAGCAUCAGCUAAAGAGCAACUACCAUCAUUCGAGGAAAGAAACCAUCUCUUUCUUCCUGUAGCACACGACGGCUACCCUGCAUCAGGGCUGGACUGGGACAAAAAAAAUCCUCCCUUAACAGAGGACAUGCUCCCUAGUUACUCAAAUUGCAUAAACAAUGUGAAACAUUCCACAAACAAAAAACAUCUUCAUAAAAAACACAAGGCGGAAGACAAACCGAGACAUUAUGAAGAGCACAAAAUGAGAACCAGAGCUCCAAUUUCAGGAACAACCAUGUGUAAAUGAACAUUAGUGGUUUCUGUACAUUGUGGCUCGUUUCCACUGAGCGGUACGGUGCGGUACAGUACAGUACAGUACAGGUCGGGUCUGUAAACCAUGAUCCGGCUUGUGUUAAUGCCCCUGUAGCACGCGCAAGUGACAAUAUCUGUCAACCAAUCACCGUUCUGCACUGAGUCUAGCUCCACCUUUUAGUACCAUACCAUUGUGUUAGGUACCCUAACGGAAGGGUACCCAAAAAGUGGUACGGUACGGUUUGGCUUUUUGGUACCAUUCACAACUUUUGACAGUGGAAACGCAAAUAAUUGCGUACCGUACCGAACUGUACCGUACCGCUCAGUGGAAAUGAGCCAUUGGAGAGCUAUUUCCUUUGUUUAAAUAGGCAGGGAAAUGGCCUGUGCUUUGGGAUGAACUGUAUUUUGUGAUCUGUGGCCAGAUAAGGGAGCCUCUCAAGUAGAUCUGAGAGGCUCAAGGUCAAGAAAUACUCAAACCACUGACCCUCAGAGAAACAAGUACAAUGUCUAAGAAUGCCAAUGCGAAGUCAAGUGCUGAACUGUAUGAUUGAUAUGGUACAGAUAAGGUAGUAUAAUAAUGUUCUGUAACUAAGACCAAAAUCAAAGUCUUACAAUACCAACCAACUGUAUGUAGGCCUACUAUAUUUAAAAUGUAUUUAAGAAUUGUUUUAUAUUUCAUUUAAUAUUUAUUAUCAUUCCUUUUAUUAAAAGAU